UAAAAAUCCACCCCAGUCUCAUCAGUAUCAACACUUCUGUCAGUUGGUUACUUUGUCUUAUAAAUUUCCUGCGUACUUAUACAAUAUUUGUCAUCAAAUAUUCCAGUGUCAGGGUCAAAACUAAUGUAUUAUUUCUUUCCACGUUCGUAACUUUCUGUUUUUAUUUUUUAAAAAAACUUAGCCACAAUAUGGACCGGGUAAAAAAUUCAAAGUUGUCCUGUCAUUUAAACAGACAUGUCAUAUGUUUGUUUAUUGCAGCAGAAAUUUACUAACAGGUUAUUUAAAACGUAAUGUAACGAGAAAAUAAAUUUUUUUGUGAAAAUAUUGCGAGCAUACAAUGGCUUCUAAACAAAGUCCAGCAAAAGUUACUCUGGGAAUGAUGAAAGGUAAACCAAUCACUACUUCUGUACCUGUAAUUAAAUACCACGCAAGUGAUGACGAACUGGAAGAACUUUAUCCCAGCAGCGAUGAAGAAAAACCAAAGACACCGGAGUCAGAGAAAACGUCACCCAAAUCGAGCCCAUUUAAAAUUCCAAAAUUAAAGUCUGAUCAUAAUGAAAGUAAUGAUGACUUGGGUGAGCAGAGAUCCUCCAGUUUAGAUUUAUCUGAAGGCGGUACACCUCCGUCUAACUCUGACCCUUGGAAAGUGCUGUCAGAUAUACGUGGCAAGAUAACUAAGACAUUUGAAGAUAAAUUAUCGGAGAUAAAGAGCGAGAAGAAGAACAAACAUCGCAGCAGAGAAAAUUCUAGUGUCAGCGAUCCUGAGGACUUGGGUAACAUUACGCCGACAGAAGAUGUGUCGGAAAAAUUAGAUAAGGUGGACAAAGAAUCAUCGCCGUCUAAAAGCAGCAAGAAGAGUCACUCGAGGUUUAGAUUCUCUAGUAUAAAGACGGGUUUGAAGGCCAAGAAUAAGGGUCGCGAUGAAAGUAUUGAGAGUGGAGUCGAGGCUGCUGAAUUGGUGGAAGUCGACUCUAUGUCAUUGUCAAACACUUCCAAGGGCCAGGAAACUUCGGAAAUUUCUAGUGUAUGUACAGUACAAAAUUUAGGGUACUCACGUUUGGUGACUGAUGUCCCUGUUGAGUGUAGGAGAGAGUUUCCAAAGCCCGGGAAAAUAAUAACUGAGCUAAAAAGUUAUUUAUUGUCUCGAAUAUUUUUGUUGUUAGUAUUUUUGGGGCUGAUAAGUUACCUAGUACCACUUGUAGCAUUAUUUACUGGCAUGUUGGCCGGUAGUGUAGUUGCUGUUACAGUACAAAAAAUGUUAAAAAGAGUUGGCGAGAUUGUAGCGAUGCCUGUUGAAGUAGAAGAGCCUUCAAGUUUUACGACGGUCCCAGUUGUUGAGGUUCCUGCUGCUGAAGAGUACGCUGUCGUUGAUAAAUUUGAGGGCUGGUUAAAUGAACUCCCUUAUAAUUACGACCCAGAUAAUUAUCACGUUGCGCGAACACAAUCUGUUUACUUUAAACUCGAAGGCGAUUCGCUGAAAGUGAGUGAAACCAGAACGCGAAUUCCUAAACGCGCUGUCUGGAAUGAGCCGCAACCAACAGCUAAAUUUACACGGAAACGUGUUUAUUCAUUAGUCGGAGCUAAAAUUGAGUUAUUGCCCGAGGGUUUGACUCGCAGACGGAGAUGGAGCAAAAAAUAUCCCAUAUGCGUGACAUUAGGGCGUGAGGGUGUCGUCGAAAAUAUAGCACUCGAGACGCCGUCUGACGAUGAAUUACAAACGGAAUUAGAGAAGGAUAAAUUAAUAGUCGAGGAGGAUGAAACAGACGACGAUUUGUCAUUUUCGAAAGACACUAAAGAUGUAUUUGAAGAUUGUCAAGAUGAUGUCGAGUAUCUAAGUUCAAAAUUAUUUUUUUUCGGCAGAACUGAUCGACAAAAAGAAGACUGGUACAGACGACUUGUUCUAGCAACAACAUCUUGCAAUAAACGUAAUUCGAUACCGUCCGCCAAGGAACUUACGUCAUCAUCGAGUAAUUUAUCGCUAUCACAAGCCUCUGGUGAUACUAAAAACUCUACCACAACGCCCGUUAGUGUUGAUAUUCCUGCAGAGCUAUCAUUUAAUUCUUAUAUGUCGCGUUAUGCUGAUACUUCGACGCCAACAGAAUCCAAUGGCUCGCUGGCAGAGUCCGAGGUCUUGUGGUUGAAUGCAUUACUCGGUAGGAUAAUAUUCGAUAUGCAUAAAUCCCCGGACAUGAUAAAUGUCCUCCAGGAUAAAAUCCAGCGGAAAUUAUCCAACAUAAAAUUGCCGUAUUUUAUGGAGAGUUUGAUGAUCUCUGAACUGGUGAUUGGCCAAGGCGCGCCGUUUAUACACAAAGCGAGUAAACCGGUGGUCGACGAGCGCGGCCUGUGGAUUGAUUUGAAUAUUACUUAUGAAUGCGGACUGACGAUGACCGUCGAAACAAAAUUAAAUUUAAUGAAAUUAACCAGAGCUGGAUCUGUUAUCAAUAAUUCAAAUGAAAGUAAUAAUGGAAAUGAUUCGCCAAAGCCUGCGAAGUCUCCCAUGUUCGAUAGCGACGUUGAGGACAGUCCCGAAACUUCAACUGAGGAUGAAGAAAGCAUAAAUAUGCCGACGAGUACUCGAGAAUCAACGCCGAGUCAAUCUUCUGGCCGAAAGUUUCUCAGCAUGGUCGAUAAAUUGGCAGCGAAUAAAUACUUUCAACAUGCUGCUGAGUUGACCUACGUACGGAGAGCGAUGGAAGGAGUUUCUAAUACCGAAAUACGAUUGAUGGUUAGUGUAUCUAGUAUAGAAGGAUGUCUGUCUGUUAACAUACCGCCGCCACCGUCAGAUCGACUUUGGUAUGGAUUCAAACCAAUUCCUAAAAUAAAUUUAGAUGCCAGACCAGCUGUUGGUGAACGGGCUGUCAACAUUGGCUACGUUACUAAUUGGAUUAAAACUAAAUUAUUGAAAGAGUUUGAUAAGAUCGUCGUGCUGCCGAAUAUGGAUGACAUUGUGAUACCACUCUGUCCAAAUUACCCGUAUCACACGAGUUAAAUUUAUGUACAAUUUUAAAUUUGAUAUUUCAUUUGACAGCAAGCAAGUCCAGUUUUUCUUUUUUUUUUAAUAUUUAUAAUAUAUAUAUUAAUCUAACAUGCAUGCACGUGUGACAUUAAACGAGUGUCUUUCACUUUGAAUUUAAACCGAUUGAUAUUUCGACACUUCAUAAUCAUUUUAUACUUGACACGGUUAAACAAUUUUUUAAUUAUUUUUCGUCAUGUGACAUAAUUAUUUUGAAUCAUCGUUAAAUUAUUAAUUUAAUAACUUUAUAUGUAUAUAUAAAUCAAAUACUUGAGCGAAUGAUUUUACUAUCGAAUGAUUGCAACGAAGAAACAUUUUGUUUCGAUUUUAUAUAAAUUUUUUUCAUUAUAUUUAUUAUAUUUAGUGAUAAAUAUUUUACUUUAUUUCAGAUUUAAUAUAUUUUUUAUUUUUAUUAUUAUAAUUAUUUAUUUCCUGCUAGUCAAGUUGGGCAGCAGUUUGUGUUGCGUAAUGGGUGAAAAUAAUGUACUACAUAAUUGUGUUGAGUCGGAUUUUGCUGUUGAAUAAAAUAAUGAGGGAUUUAUUUUUUGGGAUUAAGUAGCGAUAAAAGAUAUGUAAGAUAAAAUUAAGUUGUCUUGAAGAUUCUGAGGAGUAUAAACUCAAGUGUCACAAUAGUGGAUGUUAAAUUUAACUAAUGAGUUAAUUAAUUAUAUAUUUAAAUUUGAAAAAUAACUGCAAUUAUUAAAAUUGUUUUACUGGAUUUUAAAAACUUUAAUUUAAGGGCAUUCUCAGACAGUGCUCCCACUUUUUAAAAAUUUCCAGUGACAACUGUCAUACGUGUAUCAAAAUUUUAUCACUUAAUUAAAAAAAAUUACUUACUGUUAUCAAUUAGGAGUCAAACUAAAUUUUUCGAAUAAAUUUUAGGCUACAAAAUUUGAAAAUUCGAAUUAUAAAAUUAACAUGAAGAUUUUACUGAAAUUUUAGAAAUUUUGUUUAACUCCCAAUUGACAUCAACUGUAAGUAAUUUUUUUUUUACAUCUCAGUGAAAUUGCAGCUACUCUGCCUUUUUUCAAUUAAUCUCUUACUUUGUUUUUAAUUAAUUAAUAAAAUUUUGAUACACUAAUGACUGUUGAGUCAUUGAAAAAUUUUUAAAAGUGAGGAGUACUGUCUGAGAAUGACCUUAAGAAUAAUUAAAUUGGUAAAGACUAAUAAUGUUUAGUUCAUCUAAUGUACAAUCAAUUAAAAAAAAACGCGGGAAUGGAAUUCCUAAAAGGGUAAAUUAUUUUUUACUUAUAUAUUAAAAGAGCGAAAUCUCCUUGAUAGCCAAGCUGGCAAAUUGUCACCAAGUUGGCCACAAAAAUUGAGAUUUCCAUAAAUUGACAGCAACUGGUCGCCAACUUUCUGAGAAAGUCAGUGGCAAAAGUUGUCAUUCCAAUGACUGAAAGUUGUCUUCAAUUUUCUCAGAGUUUGCGGCAGUAGAUUGUCGCCAAUUUUCUGGGAAACUUGUAGUCAAGAGUAACAAAAGUUGAAAGUUGUCAACAACUUGAUCGCGGCUGACACCAAUUUUCUUACCAGAAACUCUCGCUAUCAGGGCUCGCGUUAUUUAAUUUAACAGCAAAGUCGGACAAUAACAACAAGUAAAUAGAUGAAAAAUUUCUGCUGGACCAAUCAAUGAUAAAUAUAAAUAUUUAAAAAAAUUAUACAAAAUACGCCAAAGGAAAAUUUAAAAAAAUAAUUUACUAGUUUGUAUUUUACACUGAGCAGAAAAAUUAUAUCAGAAAGUAAAUAUUGUCUUUACUUAAUUUUACAAAAAAAAAUAUAUUUUCUUAUCACAAAAGUUUGUAAUUAUUUAUACAAAUUUAAAUAAAAUGAAUGAUGAUUUAAAAUAAAAAUGCGGCAAAUUUAAAGUUCAAAAUAAUUUUUUGAAUGUCGACAAAUUCUUCAUAAAAAUAUAUAUUGUAUUUAUAUUUUUUGCUCAGUGUAGUGUGCUGAGUGAUGAGGAUUACGGUCAGGAAAUAUGACUCUCUUUCUUUCACCAUUGUGUGCAUAUAUGAGAAGUUAACGUGUACUAAUAUAACGUAAUUCUUAAUUAAAUAUAACAAUAUAAUAAAAGAAUGGAAUUCAAUGGAGAAGGAUGUGCUACGCACUCUCAAUUAAAAUAUAUAGCUGUUUUCUACGUGAUUUCUCGCCUUCUUCAUGUCUGUUUUCCAUGUAUUUGUUACUAAGAAAAAAUGAAAAUAAAACAAUAUAUAUAUUUGUUGAGAAAAUACUUCCAUUCAAUUAAAUAAUUCAUUUAUA